UUUUCUCAUGCCCUCUCCGUUACCGCACAUCAAUAUCUUCAAUCAUGUCUAUAUGAAACAAAUUGACUUUAAUUAAGCAUUAUGCAAAGCGCCAACCUCUCAGAGCGCUAAUCCGCAGAGUUUGCCUCAAUUGCUUGACCAGCGCUUAAAUUAGUCGAGCAGCGACACUCAGCCGGUUCACUUGCAAGAUGAAGAGCGACGAGAUCAUUGAGAAGAUACGCAGAAAGCUGAAGGAAUCGGAUCCUGCCCGGCGCACUGUGGUCAACACCUUCCAGUUCAACUUCACCGAUGCGGAUGGUAAUCUCAUCAAAAGCAUGGCUCUGGACAUCUACGAGGGUAGUGCUGCCAGUGCGGAUGCGCAAGUGACCAUUUCGGAUGAGGAUUUCUACUGUGGCACUAAGCAGAAGACCUUUCAGGAGGUUCUGCAGCAAGAGAAGGCGAAGAUCGAUGGCGAUGAGGAAGCUAUAAACAAAAUGCUGGAGAAGUUUCGCAUAAAUUCUCAGAACUACAAAAGAGAGCUGAAAUAAUUACGCAUUUCUUCUGUUUAAAUGCUUUUAUGUAACGUUCCUUAUUUACUUUAUCAACCUCCCAAUAAUGACUGCAAUAAACAAAGUAAAUAA